AUGCCGGAAGAUGUGGUGGAGCUUCGGAAGGUCAAAUGCCAGGUUCUGCUGCCCUUCUCGCAGUCAGUGGAAGACUUGCCAGAUGAUGAAUGUGAAGGUACCAAACCACAAACCGAACAAGACUGCUACACAGGGCCUUGCAGCAGUGGGGCAGGAGAUUAUGAUCACAUGGAGACGGAUCGACUGUAUGCCAGCCAACAGGAUCUGGAUGAGUUAUAUUCCUGGGAAUAUAGUGGCUUCACGGAGUGCUCGGAGUCAUGUGCAGGAGCAAUCAGCCUGAUGUCAACUGAGGAAGCUCAGCUGUACCAAGGCCCAAAGAACUACGAUCGGGUUGCUGCGUGCAGGGAUACUGGGUACGAUUGGUUUGAGCAACUUCUUCAGAACCUGCUGAAGUCUGAGGAAGAUGCCUCGUACAAACCUGUGAGGAAAGCCUGCAUCCAGAUAGUGGAUAACCUGGUUGAACACAUUCUUAAAUACGAGGAGUCAUUGGCAGAUUCGGACAGUAAAGGCAUGAAUACCAACUGUCUGGUGGCGUGCUUAAUCACGUUAUACCUGUUCAGCAAAAUCCAACCUCAUCUGAUGGUGAAACAUACAAUGACACUGCAGCCAUAUCUUACCACAAAGUGCAAUACACAGAGUGACUUCCUUGUCAUCUGCAAUGUGGCAAAGAUUUUGGAACUGGUGGUUCCGUUGAUGGAGCAUCCAAGUGAGACCUUCUUGGCCACAAUAGAGGAAGACCUCAUGAAGCUUAUCCUCAAGCAUGGAAUGACGGUCGUUCAGCAUUGUGUCAGCUGUCUGGGAGCUGUAGUGAACAGAGUAACUCACAACUACAAGUUUGUCUGGGCCUGUUUCAAUAGGUAUUAUGGUGCUCUAACUAAGUUGAAGGGACAGCAUCAUGAGGAUUUCAACAGCACCACCCUGGUCGGCAAUAAACCUGCUCUCCUCCGCUCCCUUUUUACUGUUGGUGCACUCUGCCGUCAUUUUGAUUUUGAUCAGGAAGAAUUUAAAGGCAACACUAAGGUGAUUAUUAAAGAAAAGGUGCUUGAACUUCUGCUCUACUUCACUAAACACGAAGACGAAGAAGUUCAGACCAAAGCAAUCAUAGGCUUGGGUUUUGUUUUCAUUCAACAUCCGGAUCUGAUGUUUGAACACGAAGUGAAGAAUUUGUACAACAAUAUUCUUCGAGACAAGGAAGCCUCGAUUGGGCUGAAGAUCCAGGUCUUGAAGAAUCUUCAGACGUACUUGCAGGAGGAAGAUUGCCGCAUGCAGCAAGCAGAUAAAGAUUGGAAGAAAGUGGCCAAACAGGAAGAUCUCAAGGAAAUGGGUGACAUUUCCUCAGGAAUGAGCAGUUCCAUCAUGCAGCUCUACCUCAAACAGGUUCUGGAAGCAUUUUUCCACACCCAUUCUCCAGUUCGUCAAUUUGCACUUAAUGUCAUUGCUUUGACGCUAAACCAGGGCUUGGUCCACCCUGUUCAAUGUGUGCCAUACCUGAUUGCCAUUGGAACAGAUCCCGAAUCUGCCAUGCGUAGCAAAUCGGAUCAACAGCUGGUGGAAAUAGAUAAAAAGUACACUGGAUUUGUACAUAUGAAAGCAGUGGCAGGGAUGAAGAUGUCAUACCAACUUCAACUAUCCAUCCACUCUGAGAUAAAGGAAAUAAUCCGUGGCAGCAGACAUGAGGAGAGCGUGACUGCUUUGUGUUCACAUCUCUACAGCAUGAUCCGAGGAAACCGACAACAUCGACGCGCCUUCCUCAUCGCCUUACUCAACUUAUUCGAUGACAGUGCAAAAACGGAGGUGAACCUGCUGCUGUACAUUGCGGACAACAUGGCCUGCUUCCCAUUCCAGACACAGGAGGAGCCUCUGUUCAUCAUGCACCACAUUGACAUCACACUCUCAGUCUCUGGGAGUAAUCUGCUACAGUCCUUCAGGGAGUCUCUAUUGAAAGAACCGUUGCUGAAGGAAAGAGUGUUGACACAUUCGGAAGACAGCGGGAGUGAGGAUGAGUCACAGCGGUCCCGCAAGUGUCGGAAAAGGUUCAGCUCGGACUCGAGUGAUGAUGAGGAUGAUCUGGAAGACGUGCUGUCGCGGCUGCCUCCUGACUCAACCCCUCUCCUCGAGUUUGUCAAUGCCUCUCAGGGAAUUCUGCUGUUGCUGGUCCUGAAGCAACACCUGAAGAAUCUUUACGGCUUCUCUGACAGUAAAAUCCAAAAGUAUUCACCGUCUGAAUCUGCAAAAGUGUACGACAAGGCGGUGAACAGGAAAUCUGGAGUGCACUUUAACCCCAGGCAGACGCUGGAUUUCCUACGGAAUGGUGUGGGACAUGCAGAGAUCACCGACUUAGUCAAGAGGAGUAUCGUCAAACAAUACGUAGAUUUCAAGACGCUGAUGGAACACCUGGAUCCUGAUGAGGAGGACGAGGACGGGGAGGUGUCUGCGAGCAUGGCUGCCCGAAACAAGGCCAUCAACGCGCUGCUGGGGGGCACCAGCCCCAAAAAUAACGCGGAGACCGACGACGAGGACAGUGACGGCGAUGACAGAGUGGGUGGAGGCAUUGCAGGGGCCACCAGAAGAUCGAAGCGACUGUCAGACGCGGGGGAUCUGGGUGCCCAGAUGCACGAGGCGGUGGAUGUGAUGGACGUGAUAGCCAUUUGCUGCCCCAAGUAUAAAGACCGGCCUCAGAUUGCCCGAGUUGUGGAGAAGACCAGCAAUGGGUUCAGUGUACAUUGGAUGGCUGGUUCAUACAGCGGCUCUUGGACAGAGGCCAAACGCAGAGAGGGUCGCAAGCUGGUGCCUUGGGUUGACAGUAUCAAAGAGACGGACAUCAUUUACAAGAAAAUAGCCCUGACAAGUGCAAAUAAGCUGACUAACAAAGUUGUUCAGACUCUGCGAUCUCUGUAUGCAGCAAAGGAAGGCUCUUCCUGCUAACACAACUAACACUGCAGCCAAACACAGCAGUGAGAAGAAGAAUCUUGGGGCUAAACGACCACAUUCUGGCAACACUUACAAAUCAGAUGGUUUCACAGUUGGAGUAACUCUGUACUGAAAUCCGCGGAUGGAGACAGUUGGAGACAGGCGAAGGGAAGGAACGAUUGUCAGAUACCAUUUCCGUGGGAGCUUCCUUCGCUGUUGUACAGCCAAAUCUUCUCGAUUGAUUUUAAACUCCCACUGUAUUAUAGUUUAACAAAACAAAAAUUGUUUAUAUCUUGGAAAAAGAAUUCUGUUUAAAAAUAAAAGUUAAGUGAAUGUUGGAAUUUAGUCUGUUAAUGUUCUUAAUAAAGUGUUCUUGGAGUUGAACCUAGCAGCAAUGGCUUUCUUUAGUGUAGAAGUUCCAGAGAGAAGUUAUUUUACAGGAUGUACAAUGCCAGACUGUGCUGGAUAUAAUUUAUUCUAAUGAAAGCAUGCAGUAUCUGACCUACACAGGAGGAGAUUUUAUUUGAUUUUUUUUUGUUUUGUAAAUGUAGAUUUUAAAUGUAUUAGGGUCACUCGGGCAAACAAGAAAAAGGGAUCCCCAGCUAAAACAACUGGCGGAACAAAUACUGCAAUAAAUUUUUUACCUCUCUUUGUUA